AAGCCGCCGACGGGAGCCGAGCGGAGCCAUGCAUGGCGCGACCGUGCUGCCGCCUGGUGCCGGCCGCGGCGGCAGCAGCCGUCUACGCUCUGGUGGCAUACAUUGUGGCCUUCACCAUUGAGCUGUGGUGGAUUCUGGAUGCUGAAGUCCGCCUACCUGCACCAGCAUACCUUCUGUGUGCAGCUUACCUCCUGUCUUUCAUCCUAGCUGCUGUACUGCUCCAUGGUCUGACAGCAAAACGUUCCCCAUUAUUGCUGGUAUGGCUUUUUACUGCAGUAAUUUUGGCGCUUCCUGAGGCUGGACUUGUUUUGUUUCUCAGUCUCUAUUUCUGGCAGCUGACGUCAUUGAAUGGAAUGACAGAACUGGUCUUCUGGAUCUGUCGCCUAAUUUGCAAUGUGGGUGAAGUUGGCUGUGUUAGAGCCCUCUAUCGAUGCUGGCGUGAAGAGAAGCACCUUCUCCGAACACUUCAUCAGUUACAUACUGCUUCAAGUCAAGGGAUACAAAAUGCUGCAUUUAUGGGUUCAGGUUCACUUGCCCCAUCUCCAAGGGCACCACACAGGGCAGUGGUCCCAGUGAGACAAGCUGUUCCUCUGCACCUUCCACUAGGCUCAGGCAGUGAAUUUGAUGCCUCCACUUUUCAUACAGCUCUGCAAAGACAUUGGGCUGUGAACCCCACUCAGGUGCUACCUCAAAGGCCACCACGGCUAACACGGACUAGAUCAAUGGUGGAUAUAAGAACUUGGCAAGGGUCAGCCAGCAAUGGCCUUGUGAGAUCACAUUCGCUUUUAGACCUGCGGAACAUAGAACUUGUUUCAAACAGACAGUGGCAUCCACGAAUGGGUCCUGGUGUCAUGCAUGGUAGCAGACCAUCACUGGCAGAUUCUAUAGACGGUGCACAUCGACUACGUGAUGUGGCACUUUGACUGAUUAUAUUCCAUUUCGAUAUGUGAAUUUAUGCAGAACUACAUGAAAUAUUUAUAAUGACAGAAUGAAAAGCAAUUACAUUAAUGUACCUUUUCUGGUGCUACAGGCUGGCAAACAUUUCAGAUAAUUAUUUUUGUACUUGUCUAAAUGUACAAAAUUUAAAGAUUGUAAUAGUUCCAUAUCAAGAACUGGUUAAAGAAAUUAAGAUCCCAAGGAAGGAUGUCUUAAUUAUCUAUUAGACAUAGGCAGCAUCACCACAGAAUUCAUAAUAUUCUCUCUCUCUCUCUCUCUCUCUCUCACACACACACACACACACACAGGAGGAUGAGGAAGAUGAUGUUAGGAGAAAACAUGAUUUACUAGUCUUGUCUGCCAUAUAUACUGAGUAAAUAAACAUCUCUGGAUUUUAAUUUUUUAUUUGUUUGUGUUGCCUGUCGCACCAGAGAACAAGAACGUCACAUCUGCCAAUGACAAUAAAUUCUAUUAUUGUAUGUUGUGAAUCUUGUUACUAUGAUUUUGCUUAGAAAUCUUUGUAAUAUAUUAAGUCAGUAACACUUAGGGAAAAAAUCUUGCAUCUCUGAAUAAGGAUUAACUAUGGUACUAUCCCUAAACUAGUCUGUAUCUCACCAGAGAAUGUUCAGUUUAAUUUUGUACUACCAGGGUUGCCACAAGUUUUGAGAAUCGGGGAAUUUACGAUAUAUUAGAGAAAUCAGGGAAAUAUUAGAGAAAUUUGAAAAAAAAAACACUGGAAAAAUCUCGAUUCUGUCUGAG